UUUCUAUGCUUUUUUAAUGACUAUUCAUAAAUUCAUUAAGCACUUAGUUACUAUUAAUUUAUGACUAAUUCUACUUUUUGCGUAUUUGAGCCCAUUCACUACCCAUCCUCCCCAACUCACCUGCUCUUUCCUCACUUUUCCCCAUGUAUGUACUAAUCUAUGUACUCUAUACACUCUUUGUAUACUAUACUCUCCCUAGAUACUCUAUACAUUUCUAUAUUCUUUAUACAUUCUAUACACUCUAUACAUUCUCUGUGUACUCCAUAAAAUCUCUCUGUUCUCUAUACACGUUCUGUACACUCUGUAUAUACCAUUUGCACUCUCUAUGUACUCUAUACACUACAGUCUAUUCACUGUCUAUGCACUCUAUAUACUGUAUACACUCUGUAUUCUCUAUAAACUCUCUAUACUCUCAAUUCAGUGUCAAUACACUUGCUGUAUUCUCUAUACACUUUCUGUAUUCUCUGUACACUUUCUGUAUACUCUAUACACUCUCUAUAUGCUCUACUCACUGUUUAUGCACACUCUAUUCACUGUCUAUGGACUCUCUAUUAACUCUCUAUGCACUCUAUACACUCUCUAUGUGCUCUGUUCACUGUCUAUGCACUAUGCACUCUAUACACUCUUUAUUCACUGUUUAUGCACUCUCUAUACUCUCUCUCUGUGUACUCUUUAUACCCUCAAGUUCACCCCGUCAGCCUGCCCUGCAGGUGAUUUUGGGCAGAUUCACACCACCCCCCCCCAGGCCUCUUCCACUCCCUGCACCUGCUGUACUGCCACUCCUGCCCCAGGCUUUCAGUCCUUCUCUAGGGGGGAAGGGUGUCAGGAAGCUGAUUCCACUAAUGCACAGCUCCCAAGUGGCCAUUUCCCUCCUGCUCCCUCCCCAUUAAUCCAAUUUGUGUCAGCAAUCAGGAAUGUGCUCAAAUAGCCCAGCAGCUGCCGGGGGCCGCCUGGGAUUCUGAGACACCCCCCAGCCAGAGAGGCAUGGACACCCUGGCCAAUUCAGGGGCCCAGCACUUCAAUUAUAACUUAUAAACUCUUUACUGAUGGGGUCACAUUCUGUCUGGGAGCCCAAUGUUUCUACGCCUCUCACCUGACACACAUUUAUACACUGACACCCAGGCAUACAGACACACACGCUGCCUCUUAUACACAGUCUCAUACACCCUGCCUGUCACCUAGUGUCACACACACAGUCUCAUACACCCUGCCUGUCACCCAGUGUCACAGACACAGUCUCAUACACCCUGCCUGUCACCCAGUGUCACACACACAGUCUCACACACGCUGCCUCUCACACACAGUCUCAUACACCCUGCCUGUCAUCCAAUGUCACACACACAGUCUCACACACACUGCCUCUCACACACAGUCUCAUACACCCUGCCUGUCACCCAGUGUCACACACACAGUCUCACACACGCUGCCUCUUAUACACAGUCUCAUACACCCUGCCUGUCAUCCAAUGUCACACACACAGUCUCUCACACACAGUCUCAUACACCCUGCCUGUCACCCAGUGUCACACACACAGUCUCAUACACCCUGCCUGUCACCCAGUGUCACACACACAGUCUCAUACACCCUGCCUGUCACCCAGUGUCACACACACAGUCUCAUACACCCUGCCUCUCACACACAGUCUCAUACACCCUACCUGUCACCCAGUGUCACACACACAGUCUCAUACACCCUGCCUGUCACCCAGUGUCACACACACAGUCUCAUACACCCUGCCUGUCACCCAGUGUCAUACACACAGUCUCACACACGCUGCCUCUCACACACAGUCUCAUAUACCCUGCCUGUCACCUAGUGUCACACACACAGUCUCAUACACCCUGCCUGUCACCCAGUGUCACACACACAGUCUCAUACACGCUGCCUCUCACACACAGUCUCACACACGCUGCCUGUCACCCAGUGUCACACACACAGUCUCACACACCCUGCCUCUCACACACAGUCUCAUACACCCUACCUGUCACCCAGUGUCACACACACAGUCUCAUACACCCUACCUGUCACCCAGUGUCACACACACAGUCUCAUACACCCUACCUGUCACCCAGUGUCUCACACACAGUCUCACGCACACUGCCUCUCACACACAGUCUCACGCACACUGCCUCUCACACACAGUCUCACGCACACUGCCUCUCACACACAGUCUCACACACCCUGCCUCUCACACACAGUCACACACACGCUGCCUCUCACACAGUCUCACACACCCUGCCUCUCACACACAGUCACACACGCUGCUUACACACACAGUCUCACACACCCUGCCUCUCACACACUGCGUACACACACAGUCUCAACACUCAACACUGUCUCACACACUCUUUUUUCUUUGAAGUUAUUCAGAUUGACCCCUAUCGGUGCUCUCAUGGGGAAUCGCGAAGGGGUUGUGUCUUGAUGACACAGCAGCUUUACACUAUUAAGGCCAAUUUAUACUUCAGAUUUCCGUGUGGCAGCUUAGUCACAUUAUGAUGAUUGCAGUUGGUGCAAGCAUACAUCAGUGAAUAUUCCACCAGACCUGCAGAAGGCAGAUGCAUUGCAACAAAACAAAUACAAGCAGUCUAGUGAAAUGGGUAAACUUUUAUAAACACCUUUGAAGUUGUUAGGCUAGGGCAGUAUUACGUUAACAUGACACACCACGAUAUUUUGAAAUUUGUUAUGACAAAAUUAGCUGGGACCCAUCCCCUUGUUCUGUGAAUUUUAUUGCCAAGAUUUCAGAAUGCCAGAAUAAUAUUUUAAAAUGAUGUAUACCUCGGUAUAAUGUCUGAACAGUAUGAAAAUUUCUAUAUGCAGGUACCUCCGACUCUCCUCAUACAGCUGCUCACCAUACAGUAAUUACUACAACAACAACAACUCUUCUUCCUCUACUGUUUUGUUGGUGACCGUUGAUCUGUUAGAGUCAGUGCUGCCACCUACUGGAAAUACCUAAUCAAUUAUCUUGCACAUGCUCAGUCAAUGUGCAUGGGCGCACAUGACUUCCAUUAGAUAUAAAAAUCUGGGCAAGCUAAACACCAACCACAGCCAUAUACAGACAAAUCAUGAAGAUGAAAUUCAUGCCACUUCCCCUUAUGCGUAAGCUAAAGUGCAUGCAGAAAAGUGAAAUAUGAAUGGGCCUUUAAGGGUGCUGCUCUGGCAUCGGGACCUUCCAGUGAACUUCACAUUAC